CCAUCGCCACACACAAUCUAACAUUUGUCUCUGAUCAUUUCCUCAGAGUCAAACUCCCUUUCCUUCAAAAUCAAAACAAGCAACCAUGAUGAGCUCCAAGAAACUAGCUCAACUUUCCAAGAAGUGGCAGGGAAUCGGUACAAUCGGCCGAAGAUGGGCCACGGCAACUGACAAGGGUGUCCACCCAUCCUGCAGCUCAGUUGCAGGCAAGGGCCACUUCGUUGUCUACUCCUCCAAUGGGAGGCGUUUCGAGAUCCCCCUAGCGUGCCUCCACACGACGGUCUUCGAAGAGCUUCUGAGGAUGUCUCAGGAAGAGUUUGGGUUCACAAGUGAUGGGAGGAUCAUACUGCCUUGUGAUACAGCAAUGAUAGAGUAUGUGCUGUGUUUGCUUAGGAGAGAGGCCUCCGAAGAUGUUGAGAGAGCACUCCUCAGUUCCAUCACAAUGACUUGCCGCCACCCAAGCAGAAUGGUGCAAGCACCCACUGAACUUAACCAGCAAUUUUCUAUGUGGAGCACCUGAAGAGUGAACAUCUCCGGCUUAUUCUUUCUGUUUUUAUGUCCAUCUUUUUUCCCAAUUGUACUUUUGGAGCACAGUUUUUGUGCAACAUUUUUCCAAGGGAACAUUAUUGUGGAUGUACAGAUGGGUGCAUGUAAAAAUAAUCACAUUGUGAUUAGAAAAAGAAAGAAUCAAGUUUACCUAUUGAAGAAA